GACUUGAGAAUCACAAAUGAAGGGCAGAGGGGGCUCCCCAAGCACGUCUGCCAGAGGAUGGAGAGACAGAAGCAGUCUUGAUCUGAGCACCCAUUCUUCCCCAGGGUCUGAGUUCCUUGCUAUCCCCUCCAGGGUUUCACCAGCCUUGUUGGACAACUCGGAUCCAGAUCCAACACCCUGCAGCGAUUCAGGCCUGGGUGUGGCUGGAAGAGAGGAAGAGAGUUUGAGGGGGGGACAAGACGUCAAGGAAGGAACAGAGAUUCCCCGAUUUCACAAAAACUUUCGCAAACAGCUUUUCCCCAACCCCCUGCAUUGUCCUGAGCUAUCAUCAAAUUUGCAUAAAUCCUGGGAAGUUAUUACUAAGCCUGAGUUGCCCCAGCCCCAGGUAAUUUCCUCCCGGGGCCUUGAUGGCUUUAUGUAUAAAGGCCCCCUGGAGCUGGGCCCUGGCAGAGCCCAGAGCUGCAGCCCAGAUCACCCAGAAUCCAUGGCUCAACUUUCUGCCCAGAGGCGCAUGAAGCUAAUGGGUGAGUGCCCUGGUUACCUGCCCUGGGUGUGGAAUGGAGAGAGGCCGGAUAACAAGUGCCUCAGACCCGUCUGUUUGCUCCUAGCCCUGCAGCUGCUGCUGUGGCAAAGUGCACUAUGGUCAGGACGAGAGGCCGUUCCCCUGGUCACUGUCAGCGCUCUGCCACCAUCCCUGCCUCUGCCCCGAAGCUUCCUGCUUAAGUCCCUGGAGCAAGUGAGGAAGAUCCAGGCCAGCGGCUCGGUGCUGCUGGAGCAGUUGUGUGCCACCUACAAGCUGUGUCACCCCGAGGAGCUGGUGUUGCUGGGCCACUCUCUGGGGAUCCCGAAGGCUUCCCUGAGUGGCUGCUCUAGCCAGGCCCUGCAGCAGACACAGUGCCUAAGCCAGCUCCACAGUGGGCUCUGCCUCUACCAAGGUCUCCUGCAGGCUCUAUCGGGUAUUUCCCCUGCCCUGGCCCCCACCUUGGACUUGCUUCAGCUGGAUGUUGCCAACUUUGCCACCACCAUCUGGCAGCAGAUGGAAAACCUAGGGGUGGCCCCUACUGUGCAGCCCACACAGAGCGCCAUGCCAGCCUUCACUUCUGCCUUCCAGCGCCGGGCAGGAGGUGUCCUGGCCAUUUCGUACCUGCAGGGCUUCCUGGAGACGGCUCGCCUUGCUCUGCACCACUUGGCCUAGACCUGAGCAGAAAGCCCUUUCCAGAUAGUUUAUUUAUCUCUAUUUAAUAUUUAUGCAUAUUUAAGCCUACUAUUUAAAGACAAAGACGAGAAAAUGGAGCUCUAAGCUUCUAGAUCAUUCUCUCCACUUCCGAGUUUUGUUCUCCUGCUUAGAGCAGAGAGAGAAGGCUCUUGUGUCCUCCUGUGGAGGCCAGGGAAGGAGAUGGGUAAAUACCAAGUAUUGAUUCCUGCUGCUGCUCCAGGCACCCAGUUCUGUGGCAGUACCCCCAAAAAAUCAGUGAGCCCUGCCGUGCUGAGGCACCAUCUCAGGGGGGCCCAGGCAGCAUCUGGUCUCCCUUCCGGGGGACAAGACAUCCCUGUUUAAUAUUUAAACAGCAGUGUUCCCAAACUGGGUUCUUAUAUCCCUUGCUCUGGUCAACCAGGUUGCAGGGUUUCCUGUCCUCACAGGAACGAAGUCCCUAAAGAAACAGUGGCAGCCAGGUUUAGCCCCGGAAUUGACUGGAUUCCUUUUUUAGGGCCCUGCUGGCCUGGAAGUUGGAGUGGGGGGCAGAGGAGGCAGGAGGAAGCCUGGGGGGGGGGUUGGCAUGGAGGGAGGCCUUCCCAUCCACCCUCACCCUCCACCCCACCUGUCACUAUAGCCAAGCUUGCGGAUAAUAAAGUGUGGUGUUCCAG